CUGCCGAAAACUCGCGAAUCACCACGCAGCCCAAGCACAGCCUUAAUUUGCCUACGGCCUCUUUAAGUAGCGAGGCGCUUCCGGCCGCCUGGGCCUUAACUGCGCUGCGUGCGCCUCCGGACGGCUCUCGGUUGUUGCUCGCGCUUCCCGCUAUGCCCGAGCCGGCCAAAUCCGCUCCCGCGCCCAAGAAGGGCUCCAAGAAAGCGGUCACCAAAGCCCAGAAGAAGGACGGCAAGAAGCGCAAGCGCAGCCGCAAGGAGAGUUACUCCAUCUACGUGUACAAGGUGCUCAAGCAGGUGCACCCGGACACCGGCAUCUCGUCCAAGGCCAUGGGCAUCAUGAACUCCUUCGUCAACGACAUCUUCGAGCGCAUCGCCGGCGAGGCCUCCCGCCUGGCGCAUUACAACAAGCGCUCCACCAUCACGUCGCGGGAGAUCCAGACGGCCGUGCGCCUGCUGCUGCCCGGCGAGCUGGCCAAGCACGCCGUGUCCGAGGGCACCAAGGCGGUCACCAAGUACACCAGCUCCAAGUGAGUCCCCGCUGGGAGGCGGCGCUCGCCCGGGGCGCCGGCCGCUUCGCUCCAAAGGCUCUUUUUAGAGCCACCCAUCU